AUGAAAGUGACCGCUUCUGGCAUGGUUCUGAGACGACAGAUGCCUCCAGAACCAUCUUCUUCAUCAGAAUCUGAAGAGGAAGAAAAGUCACUUUCUCCUUCACCAAUAAAAGCAAAGAAAAAACGUAGAGUAACUCACAAGAAGCCUGCUGUUCGUAGACGUAAACGUGCUCUUAAAGACGAGAACUUCACUUUCACUUCUUCUGGACGCCUCAUUUGCCCUCCGGGCAUACGCCCAAAAUUCCAUCUAUAG